AUGAAUGAAAAACGAUCAAAAAGUAAAUACACUAAUCCUGUGGCUAUAUUGUACGAAGCUGCUCGGGAUGGUGCGGUUGUUGUACUUAGUGAUGUUCUUCAGGGAAUGAGCAUCAGUGAAAGAAGCACCGCUUUAGAAACGAAAGCAAAAGAUGGCGAUCAAAUCACCACUCCCUUAAUCAUCGCCGCUCGCAAUGGAAACCUGGAUUCUGUCAAGAUGCUUCUAAGAUACAAAGCAGACAUCGAAGCUCGGGGAACUGUGAAAGUUGCCGACCAAGUUAUUGAGGGUUGUACAGCUUUGUGGGCUGCCGCUGCCACUGGACAUCUUGAUGUUGUUAAACUUUUAAUCGAACAAAACGCUGACGUCGACGGAGGAACUUUGACAAACUCGACUCCAUUGAGGGCAGCUGCUUACAAUGACCACCUGAAGGUUGUAACCUACCUUAUCGAACGUGGCGCAAAUAUGGAUCUUCAAGACAAGAAAGGAAAUACAGCACUGCACGAGGCUCUUUACAAUGGUCACUUUGCGAUUGCUAAAGAAUUAGUAGUUCGUGGAGCGUCCCAAUUGCCAAAUAUUCAACGUUUAACUCCACUUCUGUUAGCGAGUAAUAAUUGUCAGAUUGACAUGGUGGAGUAUUUUAUAAACAGGCCAGAAUGUACAAAGGAACAGAGAAUCGAAGGACUCGAGCUUCUCGGUGCCACUGUUGCUAAUUCACCUGAUGUUCAUGAUAUCGAGAAAGCAUUUUCCUACAUGAAACGUGGCAUGGAAGAAAGGUUUGAAGAGAAAUCAUGUCCCUUGCUUAAAAAACGAAUUGAACCUCUUGAGGUUUAUCAGAAUAGAAAAGAGAGUCAAACCCUUGAAGAACUUGUUCUGUUAGAAGGUGAUGAUCAUAGAGUUACUGCAUUGAAACGAUUUCUUGAAGACUACAAUAGCGUCCUUGAAGGAAGAGCGUCCUUGAAGCGUUCUUAG